AUGAGGCUUGCGCCGGCGCAGUUUCUCGUAGCAGCGGUCAGUGACAUACUGUUUGGUCGUUUGGGUGAAAGUGAGAAGCGUGCUUGUGAUGUAACGCCGACCGCCGCGGCGAUAAUUUUGACUGCCGUCUAUUUAUGUGUCGCCGUUCACAUAGUUCAAAGCUCUGAAGAAAACGCGAACACAACAACACUUUAUCCAAUAAAUAAAACAAUUGAUUACAAAGAUAGUGAAGAAGUUACUAAUAUAACAAACGCACCAAUAACAAAUGAUAAAUCUACAGAAAUAAAUAGUGUCAAAAACGCGAUAACGGAUAUCGAAAAACCUUCAAAUAAAAGUGAAGGUUCAAAAGUAAACAGUAAAAGCGAAACUGCGACAUGGAAAGUCGAUGCGGUGUUAUCUCCACCAACACAAGGAAGCAAUAAAGUAUGGACAAGUUUUAAAGAAAAACCGGAUGCAAGUAAGGAAUUUAAGCCAAGUCAACAGUUGGGACAUUUUUAUGACGAGGACGCUUUUAUCGCAUCGACUGUGAGCAGUCGCGAUUCUUUUGUACCUAUUAAAACAACAUCAUCUUUUAUUGGUUCCAAUGAAUUCGUCAAAUUACAGUAUAAAACGACUAAAGAUUUUUCUAAGGCGCAACCCUAUAAAUUCGAAAAUAGCUUCUCUAAAGCUAAAGCUCCACCAGAGGGAUAUGACUCAAAACCCACCGUAGAGGUACCAGUAAAGAUACCAGCUGGGAGUUUAUAUAAAUAUCAGGAUCCGUUUAAAGAAAAACCUGGAGAUGGUGGUGAUGACUUUGGUUUAGACUUCAGUGGUGACAAGGAUAAAGAAGUGAAGAAACGCAAGAAUCCUUGGCAUGGUCUCCUUAAUUUGGUGACAGCACUAAUACCUAUCGGCAUUCUGGUAUCAGCACUGACUCCCAGCAUUGUAACAUUACAAACGACUGAAUAA